GUAAAGUUGGUCUAAGGGUAUAAAAGAAGCCUCCGGGGCUUUAGUUUCUAAACUCAUGUUUGGAAAUGCACUGUAUCUGUCCUAAGAAAGCUCUUCUUAGGAGACGAACUUCUCGCAUGUUAAAUGAGCAAUUCUUAGAGCUGCUGAAAAGCAUGACUUCCUCUUCUGUUGUUGAUAAACCUCCGGUAAGACGGGUUGCUAUCUUCGGGGGAACUCAUGGCAAUGAGUUAUCAGGGGUAUUUUUGGUCAAGUACUGGCAAGAGAAUGGAGCUGAGAUCCAAAGAACAGGAAUGGACGUGAAACCAUUUCUUACCAACCCAAGAGCCGUGAAGAAGUGUACUAGAUACAUUGACUGUGAUCUGAACCGUGUUUUUGACACUGAUAAUCUUGGCAGCACAGUGGUGGAAGAUAUUCCAUAUGAAGUGAGAAGGGCUCAGGAAAUCAAUCAUAUAUUUGGUCCAAAAGGUAGUGAUGAUGCGUAUGACCUUAUUUUUGACCUUCACAACACCACUUCUAACAUGGGUGGUUCCCUUAUUCUUGAAAACUCCAGGGAUGACUUUACAAUUCAAAUGUUUCAUUAUAUCAAGAACGCUUUGGCUCCAGAACGAUGUCCUGUUUUGCUGAUUGAACAUCCUAGUUUGAAAUAUGCAACAACUCGAUCUGUAGCAAAACAUCCUGUUGGUGUGGAGGUGGGUCCCCAGCCACAAGGUGUUGUUAGAGCUGAUAUUUUGGACAAAAUGAGGAAGAUUGUCAAACAUGGCCUUGAUUUUGUGCAACUUUUUAAUGAAGGAAAGGAAUUUCCACCAUGUACAAUUGAGGUUUUUAAAAUAAUGGAGAAAGUAGAUUAUCCCAGGAAUAAGAAUGAUGAAGUUAUUGCUAUUAUUCACCCUAAACUGCAGGAUCAAGACUGGCAGCCACUGAACAAUGGUGAUCCUCUAUUUUUGACUCUUGAUGGAGAAGUAAUUGCAUAUAAAGGGGACUGUACAGUCUAUCCAACAUUUAUUAACGAAGCUGCAUAUUAUGAAAAGAAACAAGCUUUUGUAAAAACAGUAAAAGUGAAACUCACUGCAAAACACAUCAGAUCCUCAGUCUUAGACCAGAACACUUCUUAAAGGCUUAUUAUAGGUUUUCUAUACAAAAGUGGAUUUCUCUUCUGUGAAAUCCAGUAUCAUUCAUGGAAUAAAUUAAUGCAGAAUCUAAUUUUAAAUUGCAAUUUAAUUAACACUGCUGAGCACUUUUAAGAUGACACAUACUGUCAUAAUGCUAGUUAUGACUACUGUUUACUUGUUCUAAUAGAUUACUAUAGAUGCAAAGAAUAAAUAUUAUUUUUAUGAAAUUUGUUAGUUCACACUAUAUAAAAUGAUUAAAUGAUGUACCACAUAUGGGUUAGAGGCUAUAAAAAGUAUAUCCAGCGUCAUAUAGAAAGAUGUUCAUCCACAGAACCAAAUUAUAUAAAAAAUUACAGCAUUUCUACUUUAUAACCCAGACCUCCAAUAACCGUCACUUUUUAAAAUGGGGUGAUCCUUGAAACUAAUUCCUCAGAUAAACAUACAAAAUAUGAAACAAAGGAAAAGCUAGGGAGAGAGAAACAGAGUGAGGAUACAUAUAUAUUAAAAUUCUUUUAUAUUAUCUGCAUACAUGACUAACCCCUACUGCGCUGAAGUGGAAGCCUUAGGGUUUGUUUUGGUUUUAUACUUAGGAAGAUAUAAAAUAAGCUAAAAACAUCUGAUUUCUGAGAAAAAUACACUAAAAUUAAAUAUAAAGCUUUUAAAAUUUAAAAUAUUACAAGAUUAAUUCAAGCUGUUUCUGAUUUAACAUGAAUUUGAAGAUAAAAUGGGUUGAAUUUAGGAAGUAUCUAGUAGUUGGAAACACACUGGAGCAAUAUUCAAAUUCAGGAAAAAGAUGCACUUAUGCCACGGAAACUAGCUUUAUAACUUUCUGGAGGUAUCCACCUACUGCUUAUAGCAUUUUCCAAAUAACAUUUUAAUCAACUGUUGUACCUUAAAAGUUUUCAGUGAAGGAGGCAAGAUCAGGUAAUUACUCAGGUUUUGGUUGAAAAGCAAUGCACAAAUCAUACUUGAGUAUUUCAGAACGGAAAUUAAGAAGAAUUCCAUAUGGGGAGACUUCUCAGAAUUUUAAGACUGACUUGUUCUGAAUUUGUAGAAAGCAAGCCUGUCAUAGUAGCUGAAAAAGAAAAGAAAACAAGGAUUUAAUUAAUUUUCUGAAGUUGUUUUUAACAUAUUUGACAAUAAUUGGGGACAGAGAAAACAUUAAGAACUUUGCAUAAGAGUACAAUAAUUAGCUAUUUACAGAAAGAUUACUUGUCUAGAUAACCCCCAAAUUCUGUCCUUCGAAAAUUGGUAUCUUCCUUAUUUACUACUAAGCCAAAAUCCUUUUUUUCCUUGCUUUGUGUAAUUCCUCUGGCAAUAAAAUAAAAACACAAGACAGAA